UUGUCGCCUGUGUAAAGAAACGUCUAUUUUUAGGUUUUUAUCAAAAAAUUGCUUAAUAUUUUUGCGGUUCUAUUUAUUUUAUUGUGGUCCAAAAACUGUCUUCUGUUCCGCCUAAUUGCGGAAAAGUGAAAUUCGUUGAAGAACCGCGAUCGUUAAAAUUCCGAAACUGGGUUGAUGCUAAAUCGCAAUAUUGGAUAGGAAGAAAGAAAAAAAAAGUUUCUCCUGGCUGCUGUUGUUCCCCGUUCCUUUCCUAACUUUUCUUCGUCGGAUCGCGAAAUAUUUAUCCGAUCAGUGAAGCGAUAUCUCAGUGGCAAUUCGUAGGAAAAGCAGGAAAAGAGUGCCUAUCAGUGGAAAAAAGAGAGGGUGUGAAAAAAAAAUCGCACACGAGUUGUGAAAAAGGAAAAUUGGGAAAUUGUGUGAAAAGUGCUUCUGUUCCACUUUGACCGCGGAGAUAAUCUGUCGAUGUAUAAUUGAACACAAUGUCGAAGAAUAAGAUUGCGAGUUCCAAACUCGAAAGCGACCACAUCGAGAUAAAGUCAAAGUUCGACGCCGAAUUCCGGAGAUGGUCCCUAAAACGGUCCGAGCAGCACAACUUCGAGGCGUUCCAGUCGCUGAUUGAACGGUUGCACAAACUGGACCGAUCGCAGCUGCUGGUGUCCUACAUAGAUCCGCGAGAUAACGAUCUGCUGCCGAUUAACAAUGACGACAACUUUGGACGAGCUCUGACCACGGCCCGGCCGCUCCUUCGCGUUAUCAUCCAGCGGAAAGGAGACAGCAUAGAAGAAAUAACCGGAUACGGAACCAUUAGGCCACGGAAUCUUAUCAGCAGCAUCCUCGGACAAACCCCUGUGAAAUCAAAAAGUUUAGCUAUUUCUAAUCCACAUGAUUUUCGACAAGUAUCCGCAAUCAUUGAUGUUGAUAUUGUACCGGAAACUUGCAGACGAGUCCGUUUACUUAAACAUGGCAGUGACAAACCUCUUGGAUUCUAUAUUCGUGAUGGUACAUCAGUACGCGUUACUGCGAACGGGCUAGAGAAGCAACCAGGUAUAUUCAUUUCCCGCUUAGUUCCCGGUGGUUUGGCGGAAAGCACCGGCUUGCUAGCAGUGAACGAUGAAGUCCUUGAGGUGAAUGGUAUCGAAGUUAAUGGCAAAACGCUGGAUCAGGUCACUGACAUGAUGGUUGCCAAUAGCUCCAACCUUAUCAUCACGGUGAAACCUGCUAACCAAAGAACGUUGGCCCCUCCGAGGCGUGGAUCUUUCUCACGCAACAGUCAACUGUCCGGCGGUUCACACCAAUCACACCACACAACGGGAUCGGAGGAAAAUGAUCAAGAUGAUCAGGAUGAAAUUCGAGAUCUUACUGGUGCGGCGACACUUGAAGAAAACGCAUUAAUUACGCAAAAAGAUGGGGUGCUUCAUUUGUGAGUGACUUGGCAGUAAUUGAUAAGCGAGUAACUUAAAUUUAACCAGCACCACAACAUACCUUUUAGAGGUGCCUUCCCACACCAGCCUCCACAGAAAUGUAUAAAACAGCACACUAUUGUGCGUCAAUUGUGACUCAAAUAUUUAGACGUCUUUUUAGACUAUGUGUACCAACUUAUAGAUAACUGCUAACAGUAUUUCAGAAUUCAUUCCGUUCGUUUAUGUUGUCUGCAUUUAGAUUAUGAAAAACAAGUUUAUAUUGUCUGUUAGGAAAAUACAGUAUAUGCAUUUGGGAAAAUCCCAGGCCUGAAAAAAAACUUUUAUUGUUCUACUUGUUGCUUUUGUCCAUUGUGCUAUUCGACUUAUUUGGAAUUUUGUUUGUGUUUAACUAUCGGUACACUUUUUUUCUCGUAACAUAUAUUUUACCACGAUCUUAAUCUGUACUUAAAAAAUGGUCAAAUUCUCAAUUGUUGCGGGAGUAAUUCUUAUCAUUUCAGGUGUUAUCUUCACUUAUUUGUUACUAUGAUUAUAAUUCGUUAUUAUUGAAAAAAAUCAAUCCAUUCCCAAAAGUGCUCAAUGUAAUAACGCGCAUCAAAAUUUUGAAAACAUACAGACAUGAAGUAGAGACUAGUGCCUUUAGAGUAUGACUAUUAGGAAACAAAAUUCUCAAAAGUGCACCUUUUUAUAAUUGGAAGUCUUUAUUAGUAAUCAAAAAUGCCUUUCUAUACAAAAGUGAUUAAAGAAUCAGAAAAUUAAAAAAAAAUAGCAGAUAUAAAAAGACAUCAAUAAGAUAUUCCAAGAACAGUGCAAGUAUCAAAAUAUAAUGAUAAGAAGUUAUAAAAUUUCACUUGCUAGCUUGGGAUUUUUAUAAACCAAU